AUGCCAACUGCAAAUGAUAUGCCAACUGCAUCUGAUAUGCCUGCCCCAACUGCAUCUGAUAUGCCUGCCCCAACUGCAACUGAUAUGACUGUUCCAACAAAUGUGCCUGUUCCAACUGAUCCACAGCCUCCAACUGAUAUGCCUGUUCCAACUAUUAUGAGUCAAACAGGAUCUAGUGUGGCUGCCUCAAUCACAAAACAAUCCAGAAAAAGGGUUGAAAAAAAACCUAUCAUCAAAAGAAGGCAAAGAACCGCUGCUUUGUCUGCUUAUUGUGCAUCUGCUGGAAUUCCUUCCACUGUUUUCCUGCCUGCUAAUAGAAUCUCUAUUGCUCAACUGGUUCAGCCGAUUGCGAAUGGAGCGUUUGUUCUUAGCAUUGAUACUGAUUUUGAUGGGUGUAUGCAGUUGAUUCGUGAAGUAACUGCUGAAUUGCCUAUUUAUUUGGCUAAUUCUCUGAACAGUUUGAGGCUUGAAGGACAGAAAACUGCUGCUAUUGAGAUUUUGCAGCAGUUUGAUUGGCAGGUACCUGAUUGGGUUAUUGUACCUGGUGGGAAUCUUGGGAAUAUUUAUGCUUUUUAUAAAGGGUUUCAGAUGUGUAAAGAGUUAGGUCUUGUGGAUAGAAUUCCAAGGCUUGUUUGUGCUCAAGCUGCAAAUGCAAAUCCUUUGUAUUUGUAUUUUAAGUCGGGUUGGAAAGAGUUUAAGCCAGUUAGGGCACAGAUAACUUUUGCAUCUGCUAUUCAGAUUGGGGAUCCUGUUUCUAUUGAUAGAGCUGUUCAUGCUUUGAAGAACUGUAAUGGCUGA